AUGGCCGAUCGUAAGGCCUUCUUUUACGGCACUUUGAUGGUCCGGGAAGUCUUAUAUCGAGUAUGUUAUGGCGACGAGAGGGCAGACAAGGACCCGAUUCUCGGACUGCUGGCUGCCAGCCUUACCAUUCAACCCGCCAUCCUCCACGACUAUUGUCGGCACCGGGUCCUUAACGUAGAUUAUCCGGGGAUUGCUCCGCAGAAAGGCCAUACUGUGCGAGGAACGUACGUCACCGGAUUGACGGACGCUGACAUCUGGCGCCUGGAUCAUUUCGAGGGCAGCGAGUACGAGAGGAGGGACGUCCAGGUUCAACUGCUGAAGAAGGAUGGCGAGGUCGGGGCUAAGGAGAAACUUGUGUAUGCGGAUGCGGAAACGUAUGUGUACACGGCGGGUGAGGAACAUCUCGAGGAGAGGGAAUGGGAUUUCGACGAGUUCCGCCGCGAGAAAAUGCACCGAUGGGUCGGGUCACGUCAGGAGUAUGAAGAGGUUGACGAGGCACUUGCACGCAAUGGCCAUGACCAGACGGGAGGGAGAGGCGUCCAGAAUUGUUCAUAUGGGAGGGAAAGCGAAGGGGACGUUCUGAAGUCGGCCGUUUAA